AUGGGUAAACAUAGGUAUGAUAAUAGACGACGUUCAGUCGUUAUUUUGGACGCUGGCUAUGUAUCGAUAAGAACCGAUGAUAUUUUUGCCUCAUCAAAAAUACUUGGUUUGCAUGGAAAAAAAUUAUUUUGUGUUAUUGCAAUAGUAGUUACACUUUUUACAAUCAGUUUUAUUAAUCUAACAUGUCUCGUUUGGAUUAUGCAUAAACUUGAUUGGUCACCAUUUCAUAAAAAUGGAUCAACAGUAUUUCAUUACGAUGAAAUUAAUCAACAAGUUCAAUUAUAUAAGCAAGCAAUGAUGGAUGAAACAGUGUAUACAACUACUAUAGAAGAUUCAUUACCUGUUGAUUUAAUAUCUGGAAAUCAGAUGGACGUGUAUGGUGAACAUAAUUCGAUUUUAUUCGAUGAUAGUCAAAUAUCAAUGAAUACCGAAAGUUUCUACAUGAAAAAUGAUUCUUUGGUUGAUUUUACUAAUCUUCAAUCAUUUAAAUUUCAUGACAAAAUUAAAACAAGAAUACGUCUUGAUCGUGUCAAUUCAAGACAUAUUCACAGUCAAACUCUGAAUAUCUCAACGAAUCAGCAUUUAACAGUCUCUAAUGUAAAUAAAAUACAUAUUUCUGGACCCAAUUUAACCAUAGAAGCCAAUAGAUUUAAUCGUCAUUCGUUAUUACGUUUUGGUGAUAAUCCUCGAAGAAAAAAAUCUAUUUAUUAUCCACAGAGAACAUCCAAUGGAAAUAUAAAUUUUCACUUUAAUUCAUUAUAUCUUGAUUUACUACGAUUACCAUCAGUGGAAAAUAUAGAUCGUAGUGAAUCAAUUAUCUAUCGUAUAUGUAUAUGCAAUACAACAUACUUACUUUUAUGGAGUUUCGCUCAUCAACCAUGUCCUCUUUGUUGA